UUGUAUGAUCGGGGCUCGGAACUCGAAGGAACUCGUAUAACGGCGUGGAAUAACGGCAACGUCAGGUUGCAAAGGAAGAAUGUGUAGUUUAAUUGAGGGAUCAUUUUGACGAUGUGAUCCUGUGCUGCACUUGCUCGCUAUAGUGAGUUUUGUUGGAUAGUUCGAUUGUGCGUAUUUUUCGAGUUUCUUUUUGCAGACAAUUCUAUUUGCAAAACCUGGAAUUUAUGCACAUAAUUUAGUUACGAAAAUUAUUUCCCCCGGAAAAGUUGGACAAGAUUUCCCUAAGCUUGUCACUGUACAUUGUAAUUGUAGGCUUUUUUUUAAAGUAAUAUCCAGGCCACAUCAAUUGAGGUAACUGAAAUAGUUAUAGCCUGUUUGGCUACCGUAAAAAAAAUAAUUAGCCUGCAGAUAUGUCAUCUUGUCGUAGGAUAUGCUGGAACACAACAUUGGGCAACAGUGGGCAGCAGUUCACCGACUACAAAAUGAGGAGGAUUUGUCACUGUAGUUCAACAGUUUCUAAAAGAGUCGUUAUUGCUUAACCACAUCGAAUUUAUCGCGGCUAUCCAGUGCGCACCGUCUCCCCCGCUGUUCUCCAGCAGAACUUACAAAGCAACGCACAGGUAGGGAUCCACAAAUACAUGAGGACAUUCUGGGCCUAAUCCUCUUCAACUAAAUCUGGAGACAAUCUAGGAUAUCAAGCAGAACGUUCAGGGAACAGAUGCGUUCUUUAUAACAAGUUUUGUGGAACCACAGUGAGAACUACUGGUUGUACUCUCCAUUGUUUUUCAUCACUGAACUUGUCUUGGAAGGUUACAGGAACCUAUUGAAACCAUUGAAGUGGAGCCAUCAGCGAUGUCAGCAGCGAUGCCUACAUGCUCGGUGAUGUGUAGGGAGCGUUUUGAUAAUUAUAUAGAAUUAUAAUUUGUGUGGGAGACGGUGCUGCCUCUGUCUAUUAUCACCAAUAACCUCAGACACAAUAACUUUACACAUUUACAUAUUUCCCUCCUAAAAAAAAUUUAUUUCAGUCUUAGGUCCAAACCAGGAAUAAUCAGAGUUAUUGAAGGAAUGGCAUUUGUGCACUACAGUGUGCUGUCCAGUUCUCAAACAUAAUGAAACUAAACCAUGCUCAGUUUUAUAGCUAAAACACAGAUCUCUAGCUUAAAUUAAUACUGUUUUGUCAGCUGUCCAUAUGAUCUGAUACAACCUGUCGUGCCAUUUUAAGUGUACUGCUUAUUUGUGGAUUCAUCAUCCUCUAAACUUGGUCCUUAAUGUAGGGCUCUGGCUCAGUAGCCUUCCACCCAGUCUGAAGAACAGUAAGUGCCAGGCAAAUGCCUAUGCAUUUUAGAUAAGACCAUAAAACAUUUAGGUAAAUAAGACGCCAAUGCAUAUAUGUAGUUAGGGCCCAGUGCUGUUUUAAAGCCUGGCAGGGCUAUGUCCUGCUUUUUAGUCACACACUAACGUUUACACUUACCAACAGCCAAUCAGUGCCCUGACCCGUUAAGAACCACAAAUUCUCCAACUGCCAUUCAAAUGGUCUGCAACUUCUAAAAGCACCGGAAUGCAAAUUAUUUAGUACAAGAUUUAUUUAGCACAAAUUAUUUAUUUAGCAUGAGCUUAAAAAAUGUAGACAUUUAUAUGGAGAGAUUUUGAUACUUUUUCUAACAAGAUUAGUCUACAGGUUGAUUAUAAGUGCCACCUUUAAAUGUAUCUAGUUCCAAAAGUACAUAGUUCAAUUAUUAACUGGAAAUAGUGUGAGGGAAACUGUUUACAUUUUAGGAACAUUGUUUACAGAGGACUCUUGCCCUUAAAAAUAUAGGCCUUUGUGUCAUUUUGUGACAGAUUAUUUUAUAUGUGCCAUAACCGAAAGGAAAUGUCUAAAAUUGCCAUAAGUCAUUAAUGAGCUUACUUCUUGUUGAACAAAGCACAACACGCUCAGGUAAACGUGAUGGUGAAAGUAAAAUGCUUCUGUUUGACUUUUCAUUCAAGGAGAUUCCAUCUAUCUAUGUAUUUUUGCAAAUGAAUGUUAGAACUUCAAACUUCACAUGAUUUAUAGGUACCAUUUGUAUGGUAGAUAGAUUCUAUCUAGGAAUAAGAAGACAAUAAUCUUUGAUGAAGAUCAUGUUCAAUUGGCCAUAGUUUACUCUGAGACACUCACACAGAUCAGUUCUUUUCAAUUUUAUUGGAGUGCAAAAAAGAAUAAUGGAACAUAAUUAAAUACCUCUAUCACCAAUGGUUGACACCACUGCUUAACGUCAUACUUCACAAAAAAUUGUACAACUUAUAAUUUAGUCGUUAAAUUCAUCAGUCUAAUUUCUUAUUAUUCUGUUUUGAAGCUACGCAUAACAAACAACUCACACCUGUCACCUAAAUGUUUGAAAUUACAUUUUAGUGGAUCAAUUCUGAAAAGCAAAUAAAACAUUCUAACGGCAUUGAGUCAACGAUAGAAAAUAGAGCUCUUAGUCAUGUAAAAAUGACGCCCACCACCAAUAUUCUAGUCUUCGCCGUCUCCCUCCUCUCUCUCCUCGCUGCCCCACUUAUCACCACCGAGGACAACUUCUCCUCUCUUCCUUCCUCCUCUCUACUCACAAACCCCUGGCCUCGCCAGGGGGGCUCCACCGACCCCCCUCAGACUGCCCCCAGCCCAUCUCUCCUCCUUCUGGCUAUCCAUGCCAAUCUCCAACCCACUGCCCUCCGGGGCGUCCCCAAAGUUCCAGAGAAACUUCCAGAAUCCCCUGGGGUUCCGGAGCCCCUUCCGCGACCCCUGGCCCAGAUCAUGUUCCCCAAGAAUGUGACAUCCGCAGCGGCUGGAGCGUUAGCUCCUCCUCUGGGAGCGGCCCAGGUGGCACCUCCUCCCCGCAGACUGGUGGACGUAGACGUGUGCCAGGGUUACUACGACGUCAUGGGUCAGUUGGACAGCACCUUUAAUUGUUCCAAUGAUGGAUUCAUUUACUGCUGCGGCACCUGCCAUUAUCGCUUCUGCUGCCCUGACCGUAACCGCCGUCUGGAACAGAGCAGCUGUAACAACUACGUCUCCCCGGACUGGGCCAAGCCAUCUGGGCCAAACGCCAUCCCCCUGGAUGAUGAGGAGCCAGAACAGGACCCCCUGCAGCCGCUGAGCCACAACACAGGCUUUGUGAUUGGAGGAGUGAUUGUAUUCAUGGUGGCAGUUGCUGUGGGAAUUAAGAUAAUGUUCAACAAGGUGUCACGGCAGGCCAACCAUGGAGAGAUCAACAUGCCCAGAGCCCUGGUGGACAUGCUGCGUCACCAGUCCAGUCCAGUGCAGCAGGACGAGAGGAACAACAGUGUGGUUCUGUGUGCUCCAGGGGAGGGACAGGGCACGCUUGGUAGGCCUCCCAAAAACCUCUACGCCCCUUGUCUACCCAGCAAAGACAACAGAUUGGGGAAUAUUCAACAUAAUUUUAUCCACUCAGGAACCAGUCCCAAGCACACUGCAACCAUCGAACGAGCCCCGCGUAUGAACAAUGCUCAGCUGGCGGCUGGAGGCACUCUUUUGUCCAGCAAACAUAACAACACUAAAAGCCAACCUUCCUUCCACCACUCGCUCCACAACCUGGCCCAGCUGCCUCCAUCAUAUGAGAAUGCGACCAAGCCUGAGCUGAACAGAUACUCUUCACUAAAGCGCCUAGAAAAGGGUGGUCUUGAUGAAUAUUCGUCUGGCUACUGCACAACGAAGAGGCGUCCCCACACCGCCCAGCCUGCACUCCAGUCCUCCAGUCACCACCUCCCAUGGGGCGGAGACUACACCAUGGGUGGGAGGGGCACCCUCCCCCGCCAUGCCCCUCGACCCUGGAUCCAACCCACUGGACUUCCCCCAAUUUCCCCCACAGUCAACCCCUACCCCCUGGACCCAUCUGAGCAGCACUACAACCCUAACUAUGAAACUCUCUCCAAGCCUGCCAGGAAGGUCAUGUCCCAAGACCAGCUUCUAAACAUGGGGGAUGUCCCAGGGAACACUGGGACCCUCUCCAGAAUGUCCAAAAACCAGCAGCACCAGUACUAUAAAGCAAUGGCUGCUGCUACCAAGAACUCCAACACCCAAACUCUGACACGGAAGCCCAAGGACCGGCCCCAGGAGAGACCCCAGGACCGGCCCCAGGAGAGACCCCAGGACCGGCCCCAGGACCGCCUGCUCAUGUCCCCGGAUCACCUGGAGGAGAGGAUGGGUAGAGGGGUUGGUGGGAUGGGAGUGGGUGUAUCGGAUCCGUACGCCCAUGGAGCCGGGGGAGUCAUGGCUCCCACUCUUCCCCGAGGAGGUCUCACCCCACAGCAGAAGGCCCAGUCUCAGCAGAAUGUGUGUGCCACGCCCUCCCUGGACCGCCACCACAUGAUCAAGAUGAACUCCCACCCCACCUCCGGUAGGGAGCAGGAGAGGAGCCAGGGCAUGACAGGCCAUAUGAGUGGAGGCAUUGGCGGAGGCAUGGGGGGCUGGGGUGGUAGCGAGAUGCCAGGAGCGGGGGUUGUCAUGGGAACAGGGACACUCGGGGGCCACAGUGCCAAGAGGAUGGCUUUCGCCGCUAAGAGGCAAAACACUAUUGAGCAGUUACACUUCAUACCAGGAGGGGGCAGUGGUGGGACAGGAGGAGGAGGGGGAGGAGGAGGGAGCAGUGGCGGGGGAGGGGGAGGAGGUAGUCAGGGCAUCAGGACAGGCAGUAAGAAUGAGGUGACGGUGUGAGAGGCUCCAGGUAGAAAUUGCCCUUGACUACAGAUCUAGGAUCAGAUUAUCUUGCGCCUAAAUAUACCCACAAGUGUUAGGGGGAUGAAACAAUAUCUGACCCAGUAUCAGUGUUAAGGGCAAAUUCUACCUACUGUGUGUGUGAACUCCAUGGAGAGGGUAGUCAUAUGAUAAUGAGAAGGAUAGAGAAGGACACGUGGUAAAUCAAUCUGUAAAUAUAAAGUGGAAAAGGACCUGCUUAGAGAUCGACUAGCAGUUGUUUGCUGGCAAAAAUGGUACGGAAUUUUCCUGCCCUUUUUAUACAUGUGAUACAUCAGCCAUAUUUCAUAUCAAAACGUGUCCUAUUGCCAUAUGCACUGGUGCCAUGAGUUACUGGAUUGUGGAAGAAAUGAAAUAGCUAGGACCUAGUAAAGAUUUUUUUUUUAUAAUAAAUGUUUUACAGAGUAAAAAACUUUUGAGCCAUAUUAGAAGAAGAUGAAUCAUCAAGAAAUAAUACAGGGUAACAUUGAGUGCUUUUUCAUACGGAAUAGUACAUAGAAAUAAUGGGACACACGUAUCAAAUGACACUGAAGCAUCGGACUGAUGAUAUUCUUGGUGAUGAUGAUGAUGGUGUGGGGUUUUGAAUCCGGGGAGCGGUGUGUGAGUGAGCCAGCCAACCUUGUUGUGAUGUGUAGAAAAACGACGCUUUUGAUAGUCACUUCCUGUGUGAAUGAAUGAGUGACCUGAAGGGUGUGUGUGUGUGUGUAGGGGGUGUCUGAAAUCAGAGCCACCACUGCCUGACACCAUCUGCAGGAUACAGCAGAAUCAGUAGUUUCCCUAUAUAGUUUUCUGUAGUUGCCCACUCUAACUGGUGUAAAGUCAGUGUUUUCAUUAGACCCCUGUCUAAUUAGUUAUUUUUAGUAUUUGGGAGAGCUUAUCUUAGAUCUGUGCCUAAGAGCAACUUUCACCUGGAGCUCCCACUUGUUCAAACUAUCUCCACCAGGACAACCAAAUGUGAUUGAGCCAUGAAUCACUUUGCUUGGAAAGGAACCUCUGAGUUGGUAAUGAAAUCAAUGCAGCACUGAGACAUUUUGAGACAUUUUAGCCCACCAAUAGGAUGACUAGCUACUUCAACUACAGGGUCUCUUCGUUGAUGCAGGUGUUGAUGCAAGUGUUGAUGCAGGUGAUGAUGCAGGUGUUGCAUGCUUACCUAUACAACUGACCUUCAAAGCCAUGCGUGGGAUACAAAAAGUACCACAGAGAAAGCACGUCUGACAAUCACCAUUUGUUAUUUUCACCAGAGAACUGAUACAAGCCAACAUUUCUAUAGGACAAUAAAAAUGAUUGGCUUCAAAGCAAGCCAAAGUGUGUGUCUAGGGAACAGACUGUAUGAAGGCAGUGGACUAUAGUGCAUAAUAUGAAUCAAAAAAAUUCUGCGAUCGGCUAUGAAGGUGAGACUCAGAAGAGACUUGGGUGGCUAGGAUGCCCUAACUUCAUCAGAAGAGGAUCUUACUCUUUUGUGGUAACACGCUCUAUUCUCUAUUAAGUAGAAAUGUCAUAAUAUCAAUAAUAAUGCUUAACAAUAUUAAGGGCUAUCCUAACCUACAUGUGUGUCCAUGGUCCAUACAAAACAAUAUCUUAAUGCUAUCACUUCAUUUUUGUGUAGAUAUUGUCACUGAUGUGCUGUAGAUACCUGGAGUUAAAAAGUAGUAUUUUUUAACGGUUCAACUCAAAGAGGGAAACCCUAGGACAAAAAUUGUUUUUGCACAAUCCCCUGAUAUUUGCACCAGAUACAGACAGACAUAAUUUGUAUCACAUCUUUGAGGUUUACGUUCUGCAAAAAGAACACUCAGUGGUGAUGCAUGAGGCUGUACAAUGUGAUAGACUUCUUAAGAUAAUGAAGAUACUUGUACUGAGAGGAACGUACAACUUUAUCGUCUACAGUAUACAACAUGUCUCAUAAUGAUUAUAAUAAAUGGACAGAAGAAAUAAAUCGGACAUCAUUCAGGACAUGACUUGAUCGAGAUGUUGAUAAAUACAGAUUUUCUUUUGACAAUCUUCCUAUACACAAUGCUAACUUAGUCUGUGUUGAUUAUUGUCAUGAUUAUGACAAGUGUUAUUAUUAAUGAUUGUUAUGGUUGUUGUUGCUAUAAUUAAUAAUUAUCUUAUAGUUAUGAUGUUGGUGUUCUUUUUCUUGGUGAGAUUUUAAGUGUUUACUUGUUUUUAGAUACCUAUCUUUCUCAUGGCAAUUUCUUUGUUUUGGGGGGGGUUUCUUCUAACACUGUCUAGAUCUUGAUGCAUGACAACUCCAUGCCAUGGUAAUGCUUUAACAAUAUGCCUGAAUACCAGGUUCUUUUACAUUGAGCCCAAUUAGUAACCUUUCCCUAGAUGGAGCCUUUUAGACUAUUUGAAGAAGUUGCUUAGUUCUGAACAUGUUGUGUUAGUUCCAGGUGUUGCGGAGGAAUAGCUCCACUCAGUCCACAAGGAAAGCCAGUAUUGCUAUGGGCUAGGGAAAGGUUCUGGGACCAAACUGAAACAACUAAAGGGUUGGUGAUGUCAUGAUGUAUUUUUACAUUCAUGUCUUAACACAAGUCCGUUAAAAGCAGAUAAACAGUAAAUACCUGAACGUUUAGUCACAGUGUAUUUUUUCAGGGAAUUAGGACAGCUAACCUAGUUUUAGCUUUUUAUUCAAGUCACAAAAAGUCUGUAGCAAUGUCUGUACUAAUUCCACAACCCAUUACCAUUGAACAGUCAUUACAUUCACUUUUGCCAUUAUUUUAUAUAUGGUAAACUUUUUGUGUAAGUAUAUUGUAUUUUGUAUAGCUAGUACAAUCAGAAUAUUCUAAUGGGUUGUGGCUCUCUUCUAGAACACAUUAAUUUGAGGCUUCAACAAAUUAUUUGUGAGUAUUUAAUGGAAUGUACAGUGACCACCCAAAUUCAUAACAUUUAGCAUAUUUCUAUAUAGCCUAUUUGGCAACAGGGAUAUUUUUGAUGAGUAAUGACAAAUAACAUAUAUAGAUGGUGAAAAAAUUAUAUUCAAAGAUAAAUUAAUAGGUGUAUACAAUUCAACAACAUCACAAAUUCAUUUCAAGCUACGAUGAACAAAGAAUGAUAAAUCUAAAUUUAGAUUUGUAUGAGAUUAUCUAGAUUUGUAUGGGACGAUAUUUACACAUGAACUUCAAUGUUUUCAUGACUAUUAUACAUUUUCAUAUAUAAAGACCUACUUUUAAUUUGUCCAAUGCAUUUUGAUCUCCAGUGAUCAAGUACAGCAGUGAUCAAACACAUUUGUAAAAUAAAGUGGGUGGAAAAUAUUGUCAGACUGUGAUUUCUUUCUUUUGACAAAAAUCAAUACUAGCUACCCAUGAUGUUGGGAGUGAAAAAUCUGCCCGAUAUACAGGAAGGCUGAAAUGUAGUCAGAACUGUGGUAAGGUAAGGUCCCUAGAUCUUAAAAUUAGGAAGGUAACAGAAGAUGUUUUAUCCAACACCAGUGACUCAACAACGUCCUUUGGUCAAUCUGUGUAAUUUUAUAAAUCUAUUUGACAAGAUUAAUCAUUCCCCCCAGUUUAUCAAUACCGGGCCUGUAGUAUCUGAGGUGGUUAGGUACACUCAUGUCCCUAAGCAUGUGUGCCAAGUUGCAAACAGAUGAAAAACAGUAUAAGAUAUAUAAACACUUUGUUGUCAGAAUGAAUGUUCAUGCCUAUUUGACUCUUGACAGUGGAUGCAACAUGUACUACAUUUGUAACACAGCAAACUCUGGGGGGAGAUUCAUUUGGGGGGAGAGCGGGGGAGCCGUACUUUCUGCUUUCCAGUUCUAUCUAAAAUGUUAAACUACUCUCCAAUGGAGGCACCGAUCUCAGCUCUGCCUAAGUCUCAUUUCAACCAUUUGUGCUGAUGUUCCUGCUGGCUCCCGCUCAAUUUAACCCCUGCAGUGCAGUGGCAACGUGGCCAUGUUUUAUCUUCUCUGGAAAAGAAUGUCUGGAAAAUAUUGCAGAGACCUUUGUCUGUACAUGGCACAAACUGGCACAUCUGGUCAGUUAUUGUAAUUUUGUAAAUGCCAGACACAUUCACAAGCAACGUGAAAUCCCUGCCACCUGAGGAUCUCUCUUCCAUUUCCUUUGUUGCUAAAUUUACUUUUUGCAUAGUCUGGUGACAAUUCUAUGAUUUUAUGCUACAUUUUGAUACUUUUUCUUCUUGUCAAAAGCUUGACAGCAGAAAUGUUUGUAAACCGGAAUUAUUUCAUUUAUUGUGUUAAUCAAUUAUUAAUUUCCAUGUUGGCUCAAUGGAAAUGUACUAGUCUGUAAGAACGAAUCGACAUUUCAAACUCUCCAAAAAGUGUUUUACAAUUAUAAAAUAUUAAAUGAAAUGCCUUUUAGUUGGUCUCAGUCUCCAUAAACUGGAUUGAUGCCUUUUACCUGUUCCUGUUUCCCUAGGGUAUAAUUAUGAGAUCACACUGAAGUAAAAUCCUUUUGUCAUCCAUCGCCAUCAGUGUUGACCUACACUGGUAAAGGAUAUAAAAAAAUCUAUGAGAACAAUAAUCAAAAAGAUUCUGAAGUCUGGAAGUUGCAAAUUUGGCAAGAAGAGGACACGUGAAUAUUUCCCCGACGUACAGUGACAAAGAUGGUGAGGGACGCAAAGAAUUAUCAACUUUCAGAACGGCACUGUGUAGUGGAAUCUUGGGGUUAUCAAGUUUCAAAAUCAAUUGUUAUCUGGCACCUCCAAGUCAACAAGCUCUUUGCCAGGGUUGCAAAACCAAGUCCUUACUGAGCCCAACCUACAAAUUGCAGUGUCUGAACUGUGCCAAGCACUAUUGGAACUUCAAUUGAAAUUGUGUGUCCAUACACACCACUGUCAUGUUUGGCAAGAAAAGAGGAGCACAUACAAGGCAAUGCACCUGACGCCUACAUUAAAAUAUUGUGGUGGUUCAUUGAUGCUUGUGGGCUGUUUUGUUAACAUUGAUUUAGAGGCUCUUGUUAUCGAUAGCAUAAUGAAUUCCACUAAAUAGCAAGAAAUGUUAUCCCAAACCUGGAUGUCUCUGCCAGGAGAUUGACACUUGGCUGUGGAAGGACCUUUCAACAUGUAAAUGAUCCUAAAUAUACAUCAAUACAGAGAUUGUUGCAGGACCACAAAAUAAACGUUAAUUCAAUAGCCAUUGAAUUAACUUUCUGGAUAUGAAUCAAAUUGGAAACCUUUGUUUGAAUGGCAGAGGGCAGUCCACAAGCGCAAACCCAAGACUAUGGCGGAUCUUGAAAUGGGCAUCAUGGAGGAGUGGUCCAAGAUUCCUCCUUGGACGAGUGUGCCAACCUUGUUGGACUUUACAGGAAGAAGCUCAGUGCUAUUAUUCACUCCAGGGGAAGUUUCACAAAGUAUUGAUUGUAGUGGUGCCAAAAUUUUUGAAACCUAUACAAAAUAUAGGUAUUUUGAAAUACAGGAAUUAUUUUGGGGUUGAAUAAUUAUUUAAAUUAUUGUGUUGAAAUAACAGUAUACUGCUCCCCCUUAUGUUUGAGCCCAAAAUACGACUCCUUUCAGAUUUGCAUUCACUUUAGCUCAAUUUCAAGUUGGCUAUAGAUAUUUACUUAAGUAUUUGAAUAUCUGCAUCUAUUCAUUAUUUGCUGGUUCCGGCAAAAUGCUGCUGCAAUGUGCUACAAUUCAAUCAAAUCCUCAGUCAUCCGUUUUUCUGAUCCAUACAUUUAUUUGUAUGUUUUUUUUUAUUAUUUCAAUAUUAAUGUUGCUACAUUAACACAGGUUUCACUGAAAUUAGACCAGCACUGCCUGAGAUAUUGUAUACAUCCAGAUGGAUAACAGACUUAGACAGAUCCUAUGGAGAACCUUAGGAGUUAUGGUAAGAACUAAAAAGAAACUGAAAUAAAUUAUUUCCCUCAGUUUGUCUUAAUUAUGUUUCUAAAGUUUUUAUGUUUUUAUGAGUUUUUAUGAGUUACUAGACUGCGUAUCUGUUCCCCUCCAAAGUUAUCCCUAAAUGUUGUCUAUGAAUUCCCUGAAUUCUAUUUAUUCAUAGAUCAUUUUUUUUAUCUAUGAAUUCUCAAAAUGUUGUGAUAAAUUCCCUCAAAGCUCACCUGUUUAUAAAGAUAUUUGAAUAAAGAUGUACUUGGAAACAUGGAAAAUGGAAACAUCUGGAUUAAUGAUUUCCUAACCACCUGUAUAAUAUUCAGCAUUCACUGUAAACAGAUAUCCAAAAGUCUAUCCUUAUUGAAAAUGCAACUGUUGUUGAUGUAAA